UGGACACAAAACAUAAUAAUCAUCAAACUUCAUCAGUCAUCACCAACAACAGAGUAUCUCUGGGUUUUGGAAGAAUCUUGGGGGUAGCAUCUUCUGAAAUCAUGGAUGAUGCAGAUGAGUGUUGUAGCCCUUCUCUGGAUCAUAGGUUUUUUUUUUUUUUUUUUUUUAAUUUCUUUUCAAUCACAUGUCACGAACAGAAGAAAAUAUAUCUUCUUUUUACUUUUAACUUUUCCAUAAAUAUCUAUGUAAAGAUUGAAACUUGAUUUCAAAGACACGUAUCUUGAAUCUGAAAACAUCACUCCUCGUUUCUCAGAUAUACUACUACUCUGUUGUUUGUUCUGCUUUCGUAUGUUUCGGGAAAGUUUUCAUUUUUAGUGAAUUUGUAACUUCCUGAGCUCUUAUAUAGUAUGGUGUCUGUAAGGUGUUUGAUGGUUUUCCUCGCUGUGUGUUUAAGAUGAAUUGAGUUUGGUGUUUAGGAUUUGUAUUUCAACUUCAUCCUGUUGUUUGAUGGCUUAAGAGAUACUCAACACUUCAAUCUUUAAGUACAGCUAGAGCAUAGCUUUAUCUUUGCUCUUAUCCAAAUUUAAGAUUCUGGACUUAGCUAAAUUUAUGAUCCUUUCUCUUCAUAUCUCAGUGGUAUUGAUGAUAAAUGUUUUGUCUUUUGUUAAAUGGUGUGAAUACAACUAAUAUGGAUAUGACCCUUUAUGUGAUAUCAACGAUCCGAUGGUGGUUGCUCUGGAAUCUCUAGACUCAAGCAAAAAGAGAAAAGUACGUGCUGAAGAAUCAGACUUGUUACCUCUGCCAAAACACUUCUGUCAGGAUCAGCAACAAGCUUCUCUUCUUCUUGAUUCUUCAUGUCAAUCAUCAGAUAUAGAAUAUGCAGAAUGCUCUUCUUAUGCCACGGAAGACACAAAAACCAGCGAGGAGGCCUCAUCUUCUGCAUCUUUUACAAGCCCUUCUUUGUACAUGUUUAAAGACUCUGUUUGUUCAACCGGAAGUUCUAGUUCUGGUUAUGCUACAUCAAGCAUAGAACAGUCCUGUUCCAAAGUUGAUCACAAAGCACAAGAAGAUGCUGAUGAAGACUUUACACUCAUGGAAUUCAUUUGUCCCGACUCCGAUUUAGCGGCUGAAGAUCUUCAAGAGGUUCUGAAUCCAGUUGGGUCUUAUAUUCUUUCUUCUGCAAGGUGGAGUGUCGGCAACCAAGAUUCUGAAGAAGCUACAACGAAACCAACCAUUGAUCAAGAGUUUGAGCAGUACUUUUCAACACUUAUGAUGUAAGAACAACAUGAAUCUAGAUAUAUGGAUCAGUAUCACUAAUCACGGUAAUAUCUAUGUAAAUAUUUCACCUUGUUUUGUUGGUUAGAAACAUAUAAAACCAGACCAGAGAAAACCUUUUUACAUGUC